CCCGUGCGCCUUCGAAGGACCCCAAAAGGUCCAAGAUGGCUGCGCCCGGGAGGACGGACGCCGGGGAGUUUGAAAGCUGGCUAAACGAUCGACUGGACUCGCUGGAGGUGGACCGCGAGGUGUACGGGGCGUACAUCCUGGGCGUGCUGCAAGAAGAGGAGGGCGACGAGGAGAAGGAGGACACGCUGCAGGGGAUUCUGUCCGCGUUCCUGGAUGAGGAGGCGGCUGGAGAUGUCUGCAAACAGAUCAUCAAGCAGUGGACGGAGUUCUGCAGCCGAUCAGUAUCCGGAAGAGAUGCGGAUGAUGCUGAGGUCCAGGCCAUCGCCAGUCUGAUAGAAAAACAAGCUCAGAUCGUGGUGAAGCAGAAGGAGGUGUCCGAGGAGUCGAAGAAAAGGAAAGAAGCCCUCCUCGCUCAGUAUGCCAACGUGUCGGAUGGCGAGGAUGAAGCUGAAGAAGAGGAGCCAGCAAGUGGAUUUAGCCUCCCAGGAAAUGAGAAGUCGUUGUUCAAGAACACCAACGUGGAGCAGGUGCUGAACAGACAGAAGCAGAAGCGGGAUCAGGCCCGCGAAGACGCUCAGAAGAAGAAGGAGACGGACAAGAUGCAGCGGGAGAAGGACAAACUGGCCAAACAAGACCGGAAGGACAAGGAGAAGAAGCGCACACAGAAAGGCGAACGCAAAAGAUAAAAACCCAGAGGAAAGGACACUUACUUUGUUUCGUGAGGAAAAAAAGGUUUUGUUACGAGACAGGAAAAAAGAAAAGAAAAAUGCAACCUAAUCCUUAAUGGCUUCAGUAUGAUGCAUCAGACCGUCCGUAUUAAUUACGUGUGCUGGAUGUUGUGCAUGUUCAAAAUCCGAUUUUUAUUUAUUUUAUUUGGACACUGGUAUGGGUUGAUACAGAAGGAUGAUGACUCACGCUGACUGGGAUAAAAAAAAUUGGCUUAUUUAAGUCUCUGCCUUUGACUGAGCCUCGACAACGUUACCCCUGAAAUUAUCCACGUAAAACAUAAAAUGGAUUAUUGUAAAAAUGGAGGGAUGCUUUCAAAAUAACUUGGUCCACAGAGUUUCUGCUGUUAUUCAUUUAUUUUCCCCAUCGAACAUUUUUACUUAAUUUCAACAUUUUAGGUUUUUACUUUCACCGUCAUUCAUCGCGUUUGCCUCAAGAAUAAGAACAAAAGGAAUGGUUGCAAAAAUGAUACCUCAAAUAUAUCAUCUACCGUGAUUUGAAUGUUUAUAUUGAGGUUCAUCAUUUUUAAAGGAAAAAUAAAGGAAAAAAACAAACAA